GCGGAUAACUUGUAGAGGUUAAUGAAUAAAGCUUGUUUCAGUGGAAAAAAUUAAAAAAGGUUUGUUUUAAAAAGAUUCAAAAUGGCAAAGGCAGACGUAGAAAUGAAAGAAGAACCUAAACAGAACGAUUCAGCAGAAUCAGAAGAACCGAAAGCGGAGGUCUCGAAGGAAGAAAAAGAGAGACUCGUUUUGGAAGAUCUCAAAGAUCAGGUCAAGUACAUAGAAAAGUCAGUGUCAUCCAAGGAACCACGGUUUCUAACCCGUGUUCUAAGAGCCAUUCCAGCAACAAGGAAGAAGCUUACUCAUCCAAUUCUCAGAAAGCUUAUUUGUGGCUUUUUUCCCAAUUCAUCAGUUGCAAGAGAUGGCUUGUUGGCUUUUCUUGAUGAGCCAAUGGAAUCAGAACCUGGAGUACCAUUCAGACCACGUAGUGCUCGGUUGAUAGCCGCUGCAGCAUUACCUGAAGUUGAAUUUUAUUUUCACCUGUUGGUUUUGAUUCAUCUUAUUGAUACAGAGUGUUACAAGGAGGCUGUUAAAUGUUCAGAACUGCUGAUGCAGCGAUCUUUAGGACACAACAGAAGGACAUUAGACCCCCUUCUUGCCAAGUGUUAUUUCUAUCAUUCUCGUGCUUAUGAACUGGUUGACAGACUACAAGAAAUCAGAAGCUUUCUACUAGCAAGAUUGAGGACAGCUACUUUAAGGCAUGAUGAUGAAGGACAAGCCAUUCUUUUGAAUCUCCUCUUAAGAAACUAUCUUCAGCUGAACUUAUAUGAUCAGGCUGAGAAGUUAGUGUCCAAGUCAUCAUUUCCAGAGACAGCCAGCACAAAUGAAUGGGCAAGAUUUCUGUACUAUACUGGCAUUAUCAAAGCUAUUCAACUUGACUACUCAGAGGCUCACAAAAAUCUUCUGCAGGCCAUAAGGAAAGCUCCACAGCAAGCUGCUAUUGGAUUCAAGCAAACUGCACACAAAUUUGCUAUUGUUGUUCAACUGCUUCUUGGUGAAAUACCUGAUAGAGCCACUUUUAGAGAACCAUUUCUGAGAAAAACUCUUGUUCCUUACUUUCAACUUACACAAGCUGUACUGAAUGGAGAUUUGAAGCUCUUUAAUCAAGUUGUGGACAAGUUUAAAGAAAAGUUUCUGUCAGAGAAAACUUACACCCUAAUCAUAAGGUUGCGGCACAAUGUGAUCAAGGCAGGGGUGCGAAUGAUUAACCUAUCAUAUUCACGCAUUUCCCUGACUGACAUUGCACAGAAACUGCAGUUGGAUAGCCCUGAAGAUGCUGAAUUUAUUGUUGCUAAGGCAAUUCGUGAUGGUGUAAUUGAUGCCACAAUAGAUCACGAGAAAGGCCAUGUUCAGUCUAAGGAAAAUGUGGACAUCUACUCUACUAAUGAACCACAAGGAGCUUUUCAUCAGAGAGUUAGUUUCUGUUUGGAUCUUUACAAUCAGUCUGUCAAGGCCAUGCGAUUUCCACCAAAGUCUUAUAGCAAGAAUUUGGAAUCACUCGAGGAGCAACGGGAAAGAGAAAAGCAAGAUCUUGAACUUGCCAAGGAAAUGGCUGAAGAUGAUGACGAUUUUCCCUGAUUUUCCCGAUGAGCUAUUGUCUGUAACCCAUGUGGUGGUACUUUGAAGCCAAUAAAUGCAUUUCUAAAGAAUUAA